AUGUCCUUCUUCAAUUUCCGUAAGAUCUUCAAGUUGGGGAGCGAUAAGAAGAAGAAGCAGUACGAACAUGUGAAGAGGGACCUGAACCCGGAGGAGUUUUGGGAAAUUAUAGGAGAAUUGGGCGACGGAGCCUUUGGCAAAGUGUACAAGGCUCAGAAUAAAGAGACCAAUGUUUUAGCUGCUGCAAAGGUGAUUGACACCAAAUCUGAAGAAGAACUUGAAGACUACAUGGUUGAAAUUGACAUAUUGGCAUCUUGUGAUCACCCUAAUAUAGUCAAGCUUCUAGAUGCCUUCUAUUAUGAGAAUAAUCUUUGGAUCCUCAUUGAAUUCUGUGCUGGUGGAGCAGUGGAUGCUGUGAUGCUUGAGCUUGAGAGACCAUUAACUGAGUCCCAAAUACAAGUAGUUUGUAAGCAGACUUUAGAAGCUUUGAACUACUUACAUGAUAAUAAAAUCAUCCACAGAGAUCUAAAGGCUGGCAACAUUCUUUUUACUUUAGAUGGAGAUAUUAAGUUGGCGGAUUUUGGAGUAUCAGCUAAGAACACAAGGACAAUUCAAAGGAGAGAUUCCUUUAUUGGCACACCCUAUUGGAUGGCUCCUGAGGUAGUCAUGUGUGAAACAUCAAAGGACAGACCCUAUGACUACAAAGCUGACGUUUGGUCCCUGGGUAUCACUUUAAUAGAGAUGGCUGAGAUAGAACCACCUCAUCAUGAAUUAAAUCCAAUGAGAGUGCUGCUAAAAAUAGCAAAAUCUGAGCCCCCUACAUUAGCACAGCCAUCAAAAUGGUCUUCAAAUUUUAAGGACUUUCUAAAGAAAUGCUUGGAAAAGAAUGUGGAUUCCAGGUGGACUACAUCUCAGCUACUGCAGCAUCCUUUUGUGACUGUUGAUUCCAACAAACCAAUUCGGGAGUUGAUCGCAGAGGCGAAGGCUGAAGUCACAGAAGAAGUUGAAGAUGGCAAAGAGGAGGAUGAUGAUGAGGAAACAGAAAAUUCCCUGCCAAUACCUGCCAGUAAGCGUGCCUCCUCUGACCUGAGUAUUGCCAGCUCUGAAGAAGAUAAGCUUUCACAAAACGCUUGUAUUUUGGAAUCUGUCUCGGAAAAAACAGAACGUAAUACUUCUGAAGAUAAAUUUAACAGUAAAAUUCUUACUGAAAAACCCACCAGUGAUGAACUUGGAAAGAUUGGGGUGGGUACUGAUGAACAUGUUAAUGAUACUCAUUUAGAAGCUAUGGCUGAACUUCAUAGUAAAGCAGCAGUAAUUGAGGAAAAUGGAAGAGAAGAGAAGAGACCCAAGCUUGAAAAUCUUCCUGAUACAGAAGACCAUGAGGCAGUGGACAUUAAUUCCGUCAGUGAAGGAAAGGAAAAUAACGUAAUGAUAACUUCAGAAACAAAUACUGAGCAGAAUCUGAAACCUGAAGAAGAAACAGAUCAGGAAAAGCAGCAGAUACUUGAAAAUAAGUUUAUAAAAUCUGAAGAAAUUGAAGAUACUACUGUUCAAGCAAUGGAUUUAGUUUCUGAAGAGACUGGAGAAAGAGAGGCAGAUAUUCAGGCAAUUGAAAAUGAAGUUGAGUUUACAAAGGAAGACGCCCAAGAGAAAUUGGGAAAAGAUGACAGAACUGAAAAAGACAUGAUCAGUGAUACAAGCAAAGUGAUAGGAACAAAUGAGGCAGAAGAGGUUGCUCAGAGGGCAACUGAGAGCAGUGCUGAGGAUGCUCAGCGUAAUGAUGGGAAAGAAGUGGGUGACGUAGGCCAGACAUUAGCGAUCAAGUCCACAGAGGGUCCUGAGGCUGGUGGUACUGGGGAAGUUUCUGUUGAAGAAGGAGUUGAAACUAAUGAGACAGACAAAAAGUCUGUAGACGGGAAAGGUGAGGAACAACUAAUCAGCAGUUCAGAGAACCUACUGGAGACCAGUGAGGAAGUUGGGACAAAUGAAGUUGAGAUUAUUGAAUCAAGUGGCAUUGAAGGAACAGAGGUCAGAAGUGUAGUGACUGAUACUGACCAGAAAGCUUUAGAAAGUGAAACUCCGGAUGUUCAUAAAGCCACUGCUCAGAUGGACGCAGAGCAAAAAGAAAUUCCGUGUGAAGUGCCAGUUAAAGCAGAACCUCAAGUUAUUGCUGCUUCACAGCCCAGUGAACCUCAGCCUGUUCCAAUACCCAGUAUUAAUAUCAAUCCUGAAGAUGCAGAAAAUAAAGGAGAAGUUUUAUCAAAAACUGAAACCAUGUUACCAGAAUCUGAGAAUCAAAAGGAAAAUGAUACUGAUUCAGGCACUGGUUCCACUGCUGAUAAUAGCAGCAUUGACUUGAAUCUAUCCAUCUCUAGCUUCCUAAGCAAAACUAAAGACAGUGGAUCAAUAUCUUUACAAGAAACAAGAAGACAAAAGAAAACAUUGAAGAAAACACGCAAAUUUGUUGUUGAUGGUGUAGAAGUAAGUGUAACAACGUCAAAGAUAGUUACUGAUAGUGACUCCAAAACCGAAGAGUUGAGGUUUCUUAGACGUCAGGAACUUCGGGAAUUAAGAUUUCUUCAAAAAGAAGAACAAAGAGCCCAACAGCAGCUCAAUGGCAAGCUGCAGCAACAGCGAGAGCAAAUUUUCCGACGUUUUGAGCAGGAGAUGAUGAGCAAGAAACGACAGUAUGACCAGGAGAUUGAAAAUCUAGAAAAACAGCAGAAGCAGACCAUUGAACGUCUAGAGCAGGAACACACAAAUCGCUUGCGAGAUGAAGCCAAGCGCAUUAAAGGCGACCAAGAAAAAGAGCUGUCCAAAUUUCAGAAUGUGUUGAAGAACCGAAAGAAGGAGGUUAUAAAUGAAGUGGAGAGAGCACCCAAAGAGCUGAGAAAAGAGCUCAUGAAACGCAGGAAAGAGGAGCUUGCACAAAGCCAGCAUGCUCAGGAACAAGAGUUUGUUCAGAAGCAACAACAAGAAUUAGACGGCUCUCUGAAAAAGAUCAUCCAACAGCAGAAGGCAGAGUUAGCCAAUAUCGAAAGAGAGUGCCUGAAUAACAAGCAGCAGCUCAUGAGAGCUCGAGAAGCUGCGAUUUGGGAGCUUGAAGAACGACACUUACAAGAAAAACACCAGCUGCUCAAACAGCAACUUAAAGAUCAGUAUUUUAUGCAAAGACACCAGCUACUUAAGCGCCAUGAGAAGGAAACAGAACAAAUGCAGCGUUACAAUCAACGACUUAUUGAGGAGCUGAAAAACAGACAGACUCAAGAAAGAGCAAGACUGCCUAAGAUUCAGCGUAGCGAAGCCAAGACGCGAAUGGCCAUGUUUAAGAAGAGUUUGAGAAUUAACUCAACAGCAACGCCAGAUCAGGACCGUGACAAAAUUAAACAAUUCGCUUCUCAAGAAGAAAAGAGGCAGAAAAAUGAGAGAAUGGCUCAGCAUCAAAAACAUGAAAAUCAAAUGCGGGAUCUCCAGCUGCAGUGUGAAGCCAACGUCCGUGAGCUGCAUCAGCUGCAGAAUGAAAAAUGUCACCUCUUGGUUGAACAUGAGACUCAGAAACUAAAGGAGUUAGAUGAGGAACACAGCCAAGAAUUAAAGGAAUGGAGAGAGAAAUUGAGACCUAGGAAAAAGACACUGGAAGAAGAGUUUGCUAGGAAACUACAGGAACAGGAAGUGUUCUUUAAAAUGACCGGGGAGUCUGAAUGCCUUAACCCAUCGACACAGAGCCGGAUUUCCAAGUUCUACCCUAUUCCCAGCUUGCAUUCCACUGGAUCAUAA